GAAGUGCGUAGGGGGUCAGGUGACCGGAAGCGUUCGGCGGCGGCGACGAAGCAGGGCGAUUCCGGGCAGGCGGGCGGGCGAGACCCGGCAACGGAGACAGCGAGCGGCGCGGCCCCGUUCUGACUCUGAUGCUUGGAAAUUGAGCCCUCAAACUGCAAAGAUGGUAAUAAACAUCUGCCUCCCACAGUUCAAGCCAAGAAUUCACUGCAACAAGAUUUCUGCUGAUGGUUAUGAAGUUGAAAACCUCAUCUCUGAAGAUCUUGCAAAGAGAAACCGGGGCUUUCGCAGUGAAUAUUUCAUCAAGCCCCCAGUCCAUGUUACUCUCUCCUUUCCCUUCAACGUAGAAAUCUGCAGGAUUAACAUAGACAUCUCAUCGGGCGGGUAUCAGAAUUUCACGGGGCUGGACAUUUACACGUCUACCUCAUUGAACAAAAGCUCUUGGAACAGCCCCGAGUCUCAGUUCUCAGGUCUGGCUGGUCAGCCUGUGUCGGACAAAGACGUUUUCACACUAGUGGGCAAAGCCAUUCUAAAAAAUCAAAGCAAAGUGACGUUCAGUCAUAGGGGCUUCAAGCCAAGGCCUCCUUUCCAUCAGAUGGAAGCUGUCUUCUACCCUGGUUCUGCAUCUCAAGACCUAUGGAAUAAAGGCCCUGCCUCACUGAGCAAUGUAUCGCACUUAAAAGUUUGCAUCUCCCACGUAGCGGGAGGUGGCCUCCCUUGCAUUAAAAGACUGGAGGUUUGGGGGCAGCCAGCUAAGUCGUGCCCGCAGGAAGUGAUGGACAGCGUGUUCCAAGUGGCCUCUGCGUGCCUGGCUCAAGGCUUGGGCAUCCAGAGUGCUGGUUUCGUGUUCCCAAUGGAAAGCGAGUGCGUGCCCUUAAGCAACUCCGACUGCGAACAGCAGAGUCUCCAAAAGCUGGUUGAUGUUGUUCAGGAUAUCCCUGAAGAGUUCUUGGACCCCAUCACUCUGGAGAUAAUGCCCUUCCCAAUGCUGCUGCCAUCUGGCAAGGUGAUCGACCAGAGCACUCUGGAGAAAUGCAACCGGAGUGAGGCUUCCUGGGGUCGGGUGCCCAGCGAUCCUUUCACUGGGGUUGCCUUUAGCCAACACUCCCAGCCCCUCCCUCACCCCUCUCUAAAGGCGAGGAUAGACCACUUCCUAUUACAGCACAGCAUCCCGGGCACCAAUCUCCUCGGGAGGGCUCAGGUCUUAGGGAUGGUCACACCUUCUUCCCUAACCAUUUCCUCUCUGAAAAGGAAAAUGGACUGUAUGGAGCAAAGCCCUGAUGACAGCAACCACGUAGAACCCUCUUAUUUUUCUACCACAAACUUACUAGCCAUGUCUACCUCCGAGAGCGGUGCUAAAAAAAUGAAAAUGGAGAGUGAUUCGCCUUUGGCCCAAAUGGACUGCUCGACAGGUCCAGUCUCUCAUGAACAGAAGCUGUCCGAAAGCUUGAACAUUGCCUUGACCUCUGCACUCAGCUCUAGGCCAUCAUUUACAGCUAGGUUGGUAAAAAGCCAGCAGCAGCCGCAUAGCGAGGGGGGCUGCAGCAGUUCGUGGAAUGCAAAUGCCCCAGCUGAGCACAAUAGCAGCCCAGUUCAAGGAUGCGCUUCCUGUAAUAGAACAUUUUCUUCUUAUUUCAAAACGGAGCCUGUUUACCAGCUUCCCUGCGGCCACUUCCUGUGUCGUCCUUGCUUAGCUGAAAAGCAGAAGUCCUUAACGAUACUGUGCAUGAAUUGUAAAAGGUCAGUCUCCACUCAUGAUGUGCUGAGGGUCCACUUUUAACUUCUUGCGCACUGCUAUUGAAAUGGCUGGCUGAAAGGCCCCAAGGAGAGCUGGAGCCGCUGCUGUUCUACUUGCCUGUAUUGAAUAGUACAAGGACGUGGUCCUUUAAAGAGCUUGCCAGAUGAGUGCACAUAAUUCUGAAGAGGACUUUGUCUUCUUAUGCUUACAAAGUAGUGGGGAGGGUAGAGCAUCACCCCAGAGCAAAGCGUUACAAGGAUAAUAAAGCCAUACGCUUCUUUAACAAGGAAAAUGUAUUUAUAUGAAACUGACAUCCAUCCAAUCGUGCACCAUCACUUCACCAUUCCAACGGCUCAGUGGUUAGCAUAGGUGCCUUUUGAACUGUGAGUUUAGCUUCCCUGUCACUUAAAACCAUUUCAAUAUUUGACAAGUAGCCAUUCAGUCCUGGGCCACGUGAAGUCCUUGUGAUUGAAUUCAUGCAAGCUACCUGACUUCUCCCCUUUCCUGCCCCCACUCUCUGCAAUUUCCCAGUGGUGCUAAGAGCACACAGUUCUCCUGUUCUGAAGACCAGUAAGUAAUGGAAAGAGGAGCUGGAGUUAGUGCGUAAGUAACUCUGAUGAUGAUCUCAUUCUGCUCAUACGAAUUGUAGAAAAGCCAUUGCAUUACACACAAUGUCACUCUGUUUGUCAUGUGACAGGACCGGCUCCCGUCUGGCUGAUAGACAUUUACGCCUUAAUAAAAUUAUGGUUAAAGUCA